AUGUGCUUGCAGGCCCUCACUACGGUAUCAGUCGUCAGCGUUCCAUCAAGCGUUACGCAUCCAAAUCAUUUGAUAUUGAAGAAAAUGAAGGUCUUCAUCUUGUUAUCAGUCGCAAUUGCCCUAGUGGCUUCUGCUCCUGCCGAAGAAUCGGAAAAGAAGGAAAAGCGGGGCCUAGUUGACAUUGGUCAUAACUUUGGCUACGAGGAACCGCUCUACGAUCAUCAUGUAACCAAACAUGUAACCGUCCAGAAACACGUUGCCGUCCCGUACCCGGUGGAGGUCGAAAAACACGUCCCAGUUGCCGUUAAGGUACCCGUUCCAGUGCACGUCGAAAAGCAAGUCCCGGUCGUAGUCGAGAAGAAAGUUCCCAUCUACAUCGAGAAGAAGGUUCACGUACCGGUCGAUCGCCCAGUGCCAUAUCCCGUUAAAGUGAACGUACCCGUUUACCAGAAGGAAGUAGUGGAGGUUGCCAAGCCUUAUCAAGUUCACGUGGAGAAACCCUACCCGGUGUACGUGAAGCAACCACUCUACGUGGAACAGCCUACGGUGUACGUGAAGGAUCAUUAUUACGGCAAGAAACCGUACUAUGGUUGAGUGAGCUUACUUACUGCUGCUGGACUGUGAUAUUUUUUUCGGACCUUGAACUUAUUGAAAAAAUUUUCGUUGCUUAUUUAAAAUGCUUGUUGAUUUAUUAAGUCCCUGUUCAUCAUCGGUUUGAAAUAAGACAAUCGCCGAGGUUCCUUUGCUGGUCCGUAAAUUCUUGAUGAAUUUCAAAUUCAGAUUCUAUUUGUUGAGCUCCCUGUUCUCGUGCCUAUGGAUAACACUAGAAAAUCGAUCAAUCCCUAAUUUUUCUACCAUCGUGACCAUAUUAAAUGA